AUGGCCUGCUACAACGCCUGCCGCUCCUGGGGACCCACCCCGCUGGCCAACAGCUGCAACGAGCCCUGUUCCCUGCAGUGCCAGGACUCCCGCGUCGUCAUCCAGCCUCCUGCCGUGCUGGUCACCCUGCCAGGACCCAUCCUCACCUCCCACCCCCAGAGCACCGCCGUCGGAUCCUCCUCAUCGGCUGCCGUGGGCAACGAACUCAGUGCCCAGGGAGUUGCCAUCAACUCCGGGGCCUUCGGCUACGGCAACGGCUAUGGCUUUGGAGGCCUGGGCUGCUUUGGCGGCAGAAGGGCUGGAUACAUCUGCUAAGGGCCCUCGCCACCACCCCUGACGGACACCACCUACCGCAUUGAAGCUACGCCAUGGUUUCUGGACUCACCUCUGGACCCUUCUUGCCACGUGGACCUGCUGUCCAUGGCUCUUCCUCUAAAGGAGCCACGAAGAUCUUGGUGCUCUGGCAAGAUCUAUGUCACAGAAGCAACCUCAGCUGAUGGUCACCCUACGUGCAGCAUAUACUUGUCACCGCCUACUUGGUGCUCCUGCCUUUUCACUCUUUUGUUUCCUCAA